AUGGGCAUCUCCCUCGAAGAUCUUGCCCCUGCUGUUCCUGUCGUCAGUAUCAAGGUCCCAGAAGGCUUUAGCUAUGGACCUACUGCUCUUCAACCAACUCUUCAAGAGUAUGACGAAACUUCCAAAAAUGGGGGUUACUCAGACGUCACCGAUGAGAAUGGUAAUGGACUUGGGAUACCUCCUCCGCCCCCUUUAGAUGUCUUGGACAAGUUCAAAGGCACAUUUAAGGGCUUUGGCUUCAACACUAUCUUCAGGCCUUUGAGCCGAAAUCCAAAGACUAUUACGAAAUUUCCCAAGCCCCCAACCGAUAAAAGCGCCAGCAAUCUACUGCAACUCAACUUGACUGGUGAAACUCAAGUGUUCAGUGAGGUUUUACUGGAGCACGUGCCCAAUCGCGGUCUGUUCGAUCAGGCCGACAUUGACCUCAUUGGUCGACCAUACACGCAGUCCAUUGUCGAUGCAAUGCCCAACGAAGAUGGGACAUUCCCCGACCCCCCACCUGUCAUUCACUUCGAGCCUGGACUGUGGAUGCGCGUACCCCAGGUAGAGGACAUGCCGGAACUUGCAGCCUCUUUUUGCCGCAUGGGUUCUAUUCCCCACGGAACAACCAUCAACGCUCAAGGAUUUCAAGCUGCGCGUACUUCCAAAGGCGCCCCUGAUAUUGAUCCCACUGAUAUCACUCCACUUGUGAUCCCGCAACUUAGCAUCCCUCCCAUCAAGCCCCAGAAGGCCAUUAAUGAGCUGGAAAAGAAGCGAUUCGAGAACCAGGACGCCGACAAAGACACUACUCGUCGCCUUCCCCAAGAUCUGCGCAAGUUCAUUGCCAAUGGGACUAUCACCCAGCAGAUCAUCGAUGAUCCGAACACUAUCCUGAGACAGGCCAACGAGGGCAAGGAUAUCAUCCAGAACACCAUGUUUAUCGUUUCGACCAAUGCUCCUCCCGGUGCCUUUGGCGGUGGCACAUCAAACAUUGGGUUCAACAUCGGCUCUGAUGAGGGCAAAAAGGCAGACGCGUCGCGUGAGAAGAAGAGUGGCAAUGCCAACGCUGUCGACGUGUCGGCCCAGUACUGGGUCUCCAAGAUCCGUGCUGAGGUUGAGCUUGAUCCUUCCAUGCGAGUUGGCCAAACGGUUUCUCCUGCUUCUCAAGGCCCCAGAGACGCUGUGCCGGAGUUCUUCAUCGACGAAGACGUUGAGAUUCCAUCAUCCAAGAAGUCUGUGAUUGUCGCGUAUGACCAGAUUCAGUACUCUCAAAUGGUGAUGCUUGAUUUCAAUGGACUCAAGUGGCCUCAUGUUACAGUUGCAACCCUUGCUCCCAUUGUCAGCCUUAAAAAGCCAACACUCUCUUCUGCUAUGAAGUACGUUGAGGAAUCGUCCAAAUGA